AUGCCACUUGACCUUUCCAGGUUUCACCAGCAGUAUUUAACUUGUUUGAAGGGAGCACACUUGCAUGUGUCUCCUGUUGACAAGAGUUUCUCCUGGUAGUUCGCAGAAUGUUCAAAAGGUACAAGUCUCUUGCUUCAGAACGCAGGAUUUCUCCAGGAGCUACACGGUCCAUACUGAAGGAUGACAUGAGAAAUUUUCAUUUUUUGUCGCAAUUUAUAAUCUCAGCAGGCCCUCUAAGAUCAGCGUCAGCAGUUAAACAUUCAAAAACUACUCACUUUGAGAUUGAAAUACUUGAUGCUCAAACCAAAAAGCAGAUAUGUAUUGUGGACAAGGUGACACAAAAAUCUACCAUUCAUGAUGUUAAGCAGAAAUUUCACAAAGCAUGUCCACAGUGGUAUCCUUCUCGAAUAGGCCUGCAGCUAGAACGUGGUGGGCCUUUUCUGAAGGACAACUUAACCGUUCAAAGUGUUGCAGCUUCCUCCAUUGUCACACUCUAUUUUACAGACCUAGGUCAACAAGUCAGUUGGACUACAGUAUUUUUGGCUGAAUACACAGGACCUCUGCUAAUAUAUCUCCUCUUUUAUUUGAGGAUCCCGUAUAUAUACGACAUGAAAGAGAGCUCUAGAAGAUUAUGUCACCCAGUGGUACACUUGGCCUGCUUCUGUCAUUGUAUACACUAUAUCCGAUACCUUUUGGAAACCUUAUUUGUUCACAAGGUUUCUGCAGGACAUACACCUUUGAAAAAUUUGAUAAAGAGCUGUGCCUUUUAUUGGGGAUUCACUUCUUGGAUUGCCUACUACAUUAAUCAUCCACGAUAUACACCACCAUCAUUUGGAUACAGGCAAGUCGCAGUAUCUGCUAUCAAUUUUCUGAUUUGUGAAGCUGGAAAUCAUUUCAUCAAUGUAGUGCUGGCUCAUCCCAAUCACACAGGAAAUAAUGCCUGUUUUCCAAGUCCAAAUUAUAACCCCUUUACGUGGAUGUUUUUCCUGGUUUCAUGUCCUAACUACACCUAUGAGAUUGGAUCAUGGAUUAGUUUCACAAUCAUGACGCAAACAUUGCCAGUUGGGAUUUUUACACUUCUGAUGAGUAUCCAGAUGUCUCUGUGGGCACAAAAGAAACAUAAGAUUUAUCUGAAGAAAUUCAAUUCUUAUAUGCAUAGGAAAACAGCAAUGAUUCCAUUUAUACUGUAAGAAAAAUAAGUGAUCUUAUCUCACAUACAGAAAAGCUGUAUAUUAACUCACUGAAUGAAAUUUGACCAAGGGUAAUUGUCUAUUAUGUUCCAGAAAUUCACAUAAAAUAGUAUUUUUGCUUAUAUAAGAAUAUACAAGGGCAAAUAUAUAUAAAUUUAUGUAUUAUAUCAAUAUAGUAAUUUAGCUGAAUUUAGAGUAAUAAAUGAGGCAAAUGAAAAGUUGAAAUUAUAAAUAUGGCUAACUGAAAUAGCAUCCUGUGUGUUUGCAAGGGACAGAUCUUUGAAUGAGAUGUUCUUAAUUCAUUAAAUCUUUCAUAAUACUAUUGGCUUAAGACAAUUUAAAAUAUUUGAGUUCUAUAAAGUGGAUCUGCAAUAUUUCAAACACUUGAAUUUUACAUAUUAUUUUGAGAGUAAUUGAACAGAGAGUUCAAUAUGUUACUGGGAAAUUUCAGAUGUCUUGAAACUAUUAUGUCAGUAGUUCAAUUUUACCUAUAUUAAAAGUUAAAUACUUGUAAUUAGCCAUGCAUCUUAGUUAUUCAUAAUACACAUUGUAUAUCAUUCUGGAAAUACAACAACUAAAAUAUUUUCUAGACAUUACUUAUUAAACAUUUGAAUAAACUAUAUUGACAUAUAUAUAUUUAUGUUUACAUAUAGAUCAUGUUUGUAUGUGAAUAUAGAAAUAGAUAUAUUCCAAAUGGACAAUAUGUGAUGAUGAGGAAAGUGUGCAUUAGAACAUUGAGAUUAAGAGUGAAAAGAUAUUUUCUUUUAUUUUCACAUUUUUAAAUUUCUAUGUAUUCUCAAAUCCAGUGUAUUAAGUAUAAGAUUGUGAGUGUAAAUAUACAUAUAUACUUUGACAAAGAGAUGAAUUCUAUUAUAAAAAUUAAAUACAUAUUUGUUAAAAGUUUAAAAGAAAUCUUUACUCAUAUUUAAAUUGGGUCUCUCUACAUUGGUUAAUUUCUAGAGUCUUUCCAGUUAUUGGAUAUAAAUGUAUCUAAAUAGAUGCAUACAUAGACAUACAUAUAUCAAAAUAUUAUUAUGAAAGCUCUUAGAUAUUUAGAUAUUUGACAAAAUAUCCUUGGUAAAGGUAGGUCUAAAUGCAUUUUGUAGUUUUUUUUUUUUUAAGGAAGCAAUUUUUAUUUUAUUUUAUUUUGCUUUUUAUUUUUAUCUAUUUAUUUAUUUUUCCCAAUUAUUUUUGUUAGUUGGAGGCUAAUUACUUUACAAUAUUGUAGUGGUUUUUGCCAUACAUUGACAUGAAUCAUUUCUUAUUAAGAUAUGUGACCAACUAUUCAAGAAAUAACAAAAUCAUCUAUUCAAAAGCUUUACCACUUCCAAGUGCACCUUAUUAAAAUAUCUGAAAAGAAUAUGACAGCAUAUUUUGAUUCACUAAUAUUCAUUCAGCAAAAGAGAAUGAAACCACACUUAUUUACUGUAAUAUUCUUUUCCAAGUAUGCUACUGUAUUUCCAAAUGUAUGAUUACUUUCCUCUUAUAAAUGCAACUACAUUC